AGGUGCAGGUGUGUCCGUCUGGUUCGGUUCUGCAGGUCUGUGGACUGGUUCUGCUCGGGCUGUUGUUGUAUAUCCAGAUGUGAUUUCAUGGAUCUGCUCUCCUGGUGGGAGAACUUUGAUGUUUCAGGAGGAGAUCCGGUUCCUGGACGGCCUGAGGUCUUUUCUGUGGAGGAAAAGUGUUUUUAAAUCUCUGCUUGAUGAACAUCAAACGUCCUGGAGCUUCAUGAACGCUGAACUUUGGAUGUUUGUUGUCUUCACUGCAGCUGCUUCCUGUUUUCUGCUGCUGGAUUGUAGAUUAGUCAUGAGAUUGUUCUAAUUUGGUUCAGCGGAUUCUCUGAUCCUUGAUCCUAAAUCUUCAGCGAAACAUUAAAGCCGACAGUAGAAACGAGAACAAACGUCUGUUCAUGAAUCUGUUCUUUAACUUUGGAUUCAUCGAGUUUCUUGUUCGUCUUUGAAGAGAUUGAUUUUUUUCUGAACGUUUUUAGAUUAUUUUAUUUUAAUACGGACAGAUCUGUCGGCCAUGUUGGUAUCUAAGCUCCUCCCACAGAAAAUCAUGCAGAGACGAAGCUGAAGGAGAGCGUGACUGUGGCUGUUCUCUGAUUUUUUUAUUUUUUUUUUUCCCCAGAAUUUUUUGCUGGAAGAACGGCGUGUCCAGGAGAAUGAAGGCGGACCUCCCGCUCUCUCAGGACAGAGCUCAGAGGAAACCUUUGGAACACCUUGUUCAGGAUGUUAAACUGGGUUGUCCGAGUCGUACCUCAACCACCCGAGCCUCCGUCCAAAAUCGCAGAGGGUCCGAAGGGCGACAAACCAGGUGCUGCCCCGCCUCCAGCUGCAGCUCCGCCCCCUCCUCCUGAGAAGAAAGUGAAGUUUCAGGACGAGUGCAAAAAUGAAGCUUCAAAGGCUGAGAAAUCCAAGCAGGAAAACCAAGCAGCGGCAGGAAACGGUCCCGCCCCCGGCGUGCUGACCUGGAUCAGCAGCUCUCUGCCACAUCCUGCAGCCUCGCCGAGCCUGAACAGAGCAAACCCCGCCCACUCCACCAAGGAGGAAGCUGCACCGCUCAGAAAAGGGAUGAUGGCCUGGAUCUCUCAGGGCUUGGAGAAGGUGGUUCCUCAGCCUGAGCUGAAGAACAAAGAGCCGACAGCCGCUGAGCAGCAGCCUCAGGUGCGUCAGACAGCGCCUCCUGCAGAAUAUCAGGUGACAGCGAAGGAGGAGGAGACAGACCAGAGUGAGAAGUUAGGCCCGCCCAGAAUGAUGGAGUGGAUCAAACAGGGAAUCGAGAAGGUGGUUCCUCAUCCGGAGAUGCACUCCAAGACGGAGGCCAACGAGAAGACUGAAGCUAAAGUGAUUAAAGUUCCUCCUCCGGCUCCAAAAGCGUCCACAGAGACAGAAGCCUCCAAGGAAGCAGAGCAGCAGCCAAAUAUGAUGGGCUGGAUCGUCAGCGGGAUCGGCCGCAUGCUGCCUCAGCCCGUCCCAAAGCCGGACACAGGAAGUGACGAGGUGCAGACGAUCAGCAUCCUUCAGAAGAACACUGACCUGGUGCUCGAGGAUGUGGAAGAGGAUGAAGGCAAGAAGGCAAAAGAAGAGUCCAAGCUGACAAGCAACCAGCAGCCGUCAAAAAAGACCGACGACGCAGAGACGCAGGUCGAUCAGCUGACUCCUCUGAUGGACAGCAUCAAGAAAGAAGCUGGAGAGGUGGUCCUCGCUCACAUGGAGGAGAGGUUGCAGCAGGAGCGUCUGGAGGCAGCUCGAGUUGCAGAGGAGAUGGCCAGGAAGGCUGCUGAGGAGGCGGUGCGACAGCUGGAGGUCGAGCAUUCGGCAAAGAUUGUCAUCGACACCCUUCCAGAGCCCAAUGACCAGUUGCCUAACAUCCUGGAGGAGGAAAAUGAAGAUGAGCCAGAGCUUCAAAACCUGCAGGAGGACAGUGAAGGAAGCCAGAACAAAAAUUCAGAGGAAAAUAAAAUUCAGGAGGAGGAUAAAAUCAUGGAUCUAUGCCUGGUGGACAUCUGCGCGGCUGAAGACCUCAGCAGAGCUCAGGCUCAGGAGGAGAAGGCCGAACGUGCUCCAGGUGAGCCUGAGACUCCGCCCACUGAAGCCGCAGACCCUGUCCCUCCUUCCUCUACGGAUGUGGAACCAGCAUCUGAAAGGAGAGACCUGGACAGUCCCAUCACCCAACAGCCAGAGCCCCAACCUGCAGAGGCCCCUCCCUCUACCUCUGAGCAGGUCAGCGCAGCAGAACCUGCAGAACAAGCAGGAUGUGGAGAGAGCCGCAGCAAAGGUGUGGCCGAAGCUCCGCUGCUCACAGUGGAAGAUGUGGAUCAGAAAGUGGUGAACGGACGCACCCUGAACAUCCCCCAAAUUAUCACCACGCCAGAACCAGAAGCAGACACCCUGGCAGUCCCAGAACACAGCAUGGCUGACCCGUCCACAGACGAGGAAGAUGAGGAGCUGCUGAAGGUCGGCCUGAAGACCUGGUCCAGUCAGCCGGAGCUGCUGGUGGCAGACGAUGAGAUGCGCCCUCAGUCCGUCGCCAGCAUCGGCAGCGUGGUGGUGCAGGAGCGUCUCAACGAGCUCGUCUCUCUCUUCAAAGGUCGGACAGAGCGGCAGAAGGACCGCCUGCUGGACCCGGACGAAUCCGAGGAGGAGAGUCCAGCCGCCUCUCCAGCAAAAGCACCUCCAGCUCCUCCUCCACCUCCUCCCCCAGGAGAGGGGAAGAAGGAGGACACCCCAGCAGCAGCAGAGGAAGAGGAGGAGGAACAAUUCCAGUUUGAGAUUUUAGGACUUCCCAUAAAACUCCCUCAACUUCCCAAACUUCCCCCGAUGCCGGACUGGCUGAGAGCCAUCCUGGACUUCCGCUUCCCGUCAAGCAUCGACCCGUUCACCGAUCUGAUCUACGUCCUCUGGCUCUUCUGCGUGGUGGCAGCAUGGAACUGGAACGUGUGGUUGAUCCCUGUCCGGUGGGCGUUUCCCUACCAGACGGCGGAGAACCUCCACCUGUGGCUGCUGGCCGACUACACCUGCGACUUCAUCUACAUCCUGGACAUCCUGGUCUUCCAGCCCAGGCUGCAGUUCGUCCGUGGAGGAGACAUCGUGUGCGACAAAAAAGACAUGAGAGAAAACUACAUGACCACCGAGAGGUUCAAGAUGGACGUCAUCAGUCUGUUCCCCAUGGAGAUCUUCUACGUCUUCACCGGCGUGAACUCUCUGCUGCGGUUCCCACGUCUGCUGAAGUACAUGGUCUUCUUCGAGUUCAACGACAGAAUGGAGGCAGUGAUGAAGAAGGCGUACAUCUACAGAGUGAUCCGGACCUCCACCUACCUGCUGUACUCGCUGCACAUCAACGCCUGCCUCUUCUACUGGGGCUCCGACUACGAAGGACUGGGCUCCACCAAGUGGGUCUACGAUGGCAAAGGAAACGCUUACAUCCGCUGUUACUACUUUGCCGUGAAGACCCUGAUCACCAUCGGGGGUCUGCCCGACCCCACCACCGUCUUUGAGAUCUGCUUCCAGCUCAUCAACUAUUUCGUUGGUGUCUUUGCGUUCUCCAUCAUGAUCGGUCAGAUGAGGGAUGUUGUGGGAGCGGCGACGGCCGGUGAGAACUACUACCGAGCCUGCAUGGACAGCACCGUCAAGUACAUGAACUCCUACAACAUUCCCAGAGAAGUCCAGAACCGGAUAAAGACCUGGUAUGACUACACCUGGAAAAGCCAGGGCAUGCUGGAUGAGCAGGAGCUGCUGAUCCAACUCCCGGCAAAGAUGCGGCUGGACAUCGCCGUAGACGUCAACUACUCCAUCGUCAGCAAAGUCGCCUUGUUUCAGGGCUGUGACAGGCAGAUGGUGUUCGACAUGCUUACGCGGCUAAAGUCCGUCGUUUACCUGCCCGGAGACUUCGUCUGUAAAAAGGGCGAGAUCGGCAGGGAGAUGUACAUCAUCAAGCAGGGGGAGGUUCAGGUGGUGGGCGGUCCCGACCUGCAGACGGUGUUCGUCACCAUCCGAGCCGGAUCAGUGUUCGGGGAGAUCAGCCUGCUGGCUGGAGGCGGAGGAAACCGGCGAACCGCCAACGUGAAGGCGCAUGGAUUUGCCAAUCUGUUCAUCCUGGAUAAGAAGGACCUGGCAGAGAUCCUGGUUCAUUACCCCGAGUCUCAGAAACUUCUGCGCAAAAAGGCCAAGAAGAUGCUCACCAAGGACAAGAAGCCGGAGGAGAAGAGGCCAAGCAAAGCCACGGUGGAGGUCAUCCCCCCCAGGCCGGACACCCCCAAACUGUUCAAAGCCGCUCUCAAGGUGACGGAGCAGGCCGGCAUAGAGGGAACCUUCGCCAAGCUGAAGAAAGCCUACAAACCGUCUGAGAGCGCCGCUGAGGACCCAGAGGCCCGUACCACUGUCUCCCCGCUGCCGCCCCCGUCUCCGAUGCAUCGACGCUCUCCAAUUCCUCGGAGCUUCCCGCGAGAGGACGGAGACGAAUCGGUGGCAGAGACAGCCGACAGCUCCGUCAUUAUCAGGAUGACGCCUCGACAGGAAGGGGAGGAGCUUCUCACCGUGGAGGUGGCUCCACAGGAGAGGGAGGAAGAGGAGGAGAAAACAGAGAAGUGAACACUUGAACAUAAAAAACCUCAAGAAGCAACGAGGGAGGAUGAAGGAUUCCUUCCUUCUGUGACGGUUGUGAUCAGGUUCCUUUGUUGAAAUGGUUAGCGUGCAGAAGGUUUUAACGCUUCGUUCUUUUUAAGACAACCCGAUGGUGUCACACGAAGGCCUGCAGGCUGACUUAGCAUGCUAAUGCUAGUUUUGUGCUUCUUCUCCAUUUCAGUUAUCUGAAAUGAGCAUGCUAACGCUAAUGUUAGCUUGAUGUUAGAUCAAAAACAGUUCUUAUUGAGAUGAUGCUCAUUAGCAUUUGGGAUGGGGACCAUCUGGAUGUAAUCUGGUGCUGAAGUGGUACUUUUGGAAUGGAAACACUAACGCUAAUUUCGUAUCCUCCAUCUAUUUUGGCUCAAACAAAAGAGGCUUUAUGCUAAUCCCUAUGACAAAAGAGUUUGAUAGAACCACAUGUUGACAUUAACAUGUUAGUUCAGAAGUUUAAUUCAAAGACAAAUACGCACAAACGCUAAUGACUGUGUGUCCAUGCAGCUUCUUUUAUAUACGCUUGAAAGCAUGUAGCAACAACAUGCUAAUUCUUCCUCCAUCUUCAGCUAAACAACAUUAAUAAACGUACAUUUAGUCCUUUAGCAGACACUUUUAUCUAAAAUAGUUAAAUAUCAACAAGAAAACAAUAAACACCAGGAUUUCAACCCUUAACCACUUACCCUGCUAAUGCUAAUCUCUGACACUAAAACAGUAAAAAAAAUGUAUUUUUGUGGGCAAAAUUAUUAUUUAUUAUUUGGUAACUUUCCUGUUACUUAGAAGAAUCAGGGUCAUCCUGGAUGAUUAUUGGAUUUAAGUUAUAGCAAUUAUAUCAUUAUAGCUUUUUCAUUAGAAUGUACAUAAACUGAAAAACUUUUUAUUUUCAGCCACAGCUGCUUUGACACAAGUUUUGGGGUUAAACUACACACAGCUUAGUUGUGUCCUACAAAACUUAGUAAGUAUAAUUCUGUAUAAUUCUAUUCUGAAUAAUGUACACAAAAAUGAAAACUAAAGCAACAAAUUUUCUUUGGGACAACAGUAAAAACGGUUUGUUCAUUA